UUUUAUUUUUCAGACAUGCUAAACACAGUGACCAUAGACAAACUAGUGGUUCCAGAGCUGGUGCAAGCUGGCAACGCCGCGAUCCUCGACUGCCAUUAUUCUGUCUUGGAUGACAAGUUUACUCUGCAAUGGUUGUUCAAUGGAAGUCAAGUGUAUGAAUGGAGGCCCGGGACGGAGCCUAGAGUUGGCGGCGUAUUGGAGGGACAGUUGGAGCUGGAUUAUAAAGUUUCAAACGUAAGCACCCGACAGCGUCGCCCGCUGCGCAUCGUACAAGCGGCCCCGGAGUUAAGCGGCGACUACACGUGCCGCAUCCAACACGAUACGGGCGCCAACGCGAGCCAGACCGCGACGAUGCUGGUCUUCAGCCCUGAGAGCGAGUUUGUUUUGGAUGUGCAGCCUGAGGGCGACAACAACACGUUGAUCAUUAGAUGCAUUGCUCGCGGACUGUACCCGCAGCCGGAUUUAACUCUCGAAUAUAAUCAUUCCCCAGUGGCUCAGCAGCAGCGCGUAUGGCGCUCAGGCGCGCUGUUCUCAGCAGAAACGUCCACACGCGUACGCGCGCCCCGCGGCCGCGCCGUGUGCCGCCUGCAGCUGCCCCUCGCGGGCUACGCGGCCAUGCGCUCCUAUGUACCAGACAACGACGCAAAAAAUGUGCAGAACGACGCACCAGCCUUUAUUUAUGCUUCCAUAAUUUUAAGUGUCGCCAUGGUAACGAUAGGAUGCGUUUUGAGAUAA